AUGAAGAUCCAGUGCGACGUUUGUCACAAAUCGGAAGCCGCUGUUUACUGCACCGCCGAUGAAGCUUCCCUCUGCGCCGCCUGCGACCACCGCGUCCACCAUGCCAACAAGCUCGCCAGCAAGCACACUCGUUUCUCCCUCCUCCAUCCUUCUUUCAAAGACUCCCCUCGCUGCGAUAUCUGUCAGGAGAGGAGAGCGUUUCUGUUUUGCAAAGAAGAUCGAGCGAUUUUGUGCAGAGAAUGCGACAUUCCGAUUCACAGUUCGAACGAACACACACAGAAACACACUCGGUUUCUUCUCACUGGAGUUAAGCUUUCGGCGACCUUAUCGUGUCACGAUGAUUCAUCUCAACAAACUCCGUCUUCCUCGAAUUCAAACGGCUCGAUCGAAAUCGAAAGCACAAAACGCUAUGAUGAUUCGUUCAAUCAAAAAGGUGCAUCCGUUAAUUACCAUUCGAAUUGCAGUGUGAGCCACGAAGAAGAUGCGUCAAUGGAGGCGAGAAGUAUUUCAGAGUAUUUGAUGGAAACGUUGCCCGGAUGGCAUGUUGAUGAAUUCCUUGAUCCUUAUGGCUUCUGUUUAUGACAAGCAAGCAUAUUUUGCCCAUUUAUGGCAUAUGAUCCUGACAGCAAUGCCAAUUUUGGGUUGUUCAUGCAUACUAAGACAUGGGCAUUUGUGUAAAUUCACAUCACCAUCAUCCAUUAACAAGAUGCUUGUAAAGGGAACUCAUCGAAGAUGAGGGGAUCCAUCAACACCAACAAAUACAUUUUUCAGUUCAAUCUUCAUCCAUCAAAACAAGAACAUAACCCAAAACCAACAUGUAAAUUGUACUUUUGCCCUUGUGCCUAUGUUUAGUUGG